UUAACUGUUUUGUUUCUGUUUCUAAAAUGUAGGCCUGGUUUUCUCCCAGAUCCUAAUGAUGGCAGUUUGUACGUUCUUGGUGGAAAACAUAAGGAGGGCUUGAUGAAACUGCCUUUUACCAUCCCAGAGCUGGUUCAAUCCUCACCCUGCAGAAGCUCUGAUGGCAUGCUCUACACAGGAAAAAAACAUGACGUGUGGUUUGUAGUGGAUCCUGAAACGGGCGAAAAGCAAACAAGUUUAACCACCUCCUCCUCUGAGUCCAUCUGUCCCAACACUCCUUUGCUCUACAUUGGACGCACCGAGUAUAUGGUUACCAUGUUUGAUACUAAGAUACAAGGGCUUCGAUGGAACGCUACGUACAACGAUUACUCUGCUCAUCCUUAUGAUGAGAAGCAAAACUACAAAAUGGCUCAUCUGGUGUCUAGUGGUGAUGGUCUUGUGGUGACCGUUGACCGGGAAUCAGGCGAUGUCCUGUGGACUCAAAACUACGGUUCACCUGUUGUAGGGGUAUACCUCUACUAUGAAGAGUCACUGAGACAUGCCCCUCACCUCUCGCUUGCCAUGGAGACGCUGCGCUUUCUCACCUUCUCCUCUGCUAAAGACCAGACAGAAGCUCACUCUACGUUAAAAUGGAGCUACCAGUUUGUGACGGAGCAAGCCAGAACACAAACCCAAUUAAUGUAAGAACAUUUCCAUUGCUCCCAUUAAAAUGAAGAUUGUGUCUGGUAGGAACAAGUCUCCAUGAAGGAUUCUUGCAGAUCCAAAUAGUUGGAUCUGCAAGAAAACUUCGUUAUAGGGCCGAACGUUAAUGGCAUAAAACUCAACUUCAUGUUUGUUAUGAAAUCUAUAAAGAAAGACUGCAAAGCUAUCACUCUACACUAAAACAUGCAAGGGAAAAAUUCUUUGUGGAAAUCAUAAACAACAACAUUAACGAUGCUCAAGCUUCAUUUGCAACAGCUGACAGGCUCACAAACCCUCCUGUGAUUGUACCACCUGAACUCCAAUCAAACACGGCCUGCAAUACAUUUUCUAACUUCUUUGAAGAGAAAAUUAACAAAAUUACAGGAUUAAUCUGCACAUAAAUCUAAAUCUAGUACCAAUGCUAUGUACAAACAUAACAAAACAUAAAUAAUGACUCAGUUUCAACUACUUAACUAUAAAAAGUUAGGAUAAAUUAUAAAUAAAUUAAACUUCACUUAAUGAUGUCUUGAUAAAAUACCCACAACUUAAGAAAGUUGUCUGUUAUUCCAUCUGAUGUGACUCAAAAAUUUAGAAAAGUGCUGUGCACAAAAAAAAAAAAAAUCGGAUGCUUAAAGCCGUG